AUGGAUAAGCUGCUUUCAUAUGUUCAUUUUCAUGUAGCUCAGUACAUAGCAAAUCAGUACGCCGCAUCUCUCUCUCUCUCUUUCUCUCUUUCUCUCUAUUUGUCUGCCUCUCUCUUUCUCUCUCUCUCUCUCUAUAUAUAUAUUUGUCUGCCCCUCUCUCUCUUUCUCUCUAAUUGUCUGCCUCUCUCUCUUUCUCUCUCUCUCUUUCUAUCUAUUUGUCUGCCUCUCUCUCUUUCUCUCUCUUUCUUUCUAUUUGUCUGUCUCUCUCUCUCUCUCUCUUUGUCUGCCUCUCUCUCUCUCUUUGUCUGCCUCUCUCUCAUUAUUUUCUUCUGCUUAUGUUUGUCUACUCUGUGCAUAACUUUCUCUCUUCCCGUCCGUCUCCCUCUUAAUCUUUGCAUUUCUCUGCCUCCGACUCUAUCUCUUUCUUUACUUCUUCUAAGUGCGUCUGUCUUUAUACGUCUCUCUCUCUCUCUCUCUCUCUCUUCUCUCUUGCAUACCUCUGUGUCACUCUCUGUCUCUUACUGCGUCUCUCUCUCACACUCUCUCUCUCUCUCUUUGCUUCUAAAUCGUCUGUAUGCGAUUUCUAUCCUUUACUCUCUCUAUCUGCCAGUGUGUGCGUCUAUAUACAUUUCUUUCUCUUUCUCUGUCUCUCUGAGUGCAUAUCAGUGUGUCUCUUCCCCUGACGGCAUCUCUUUUCCCCCCUCUCUCUGUGCGUCUAAGUUAAUUUGUCUAUACGGUUCUCUCUCCCUCUCUUUCUGCCUCCGUGUCUAG